AUGCUGGACCCGAUACCGCCUCCCCCCCCAUGGCUUCAGGAUCUGGUUAGGCCGAUCGCCGAGCGAUGGUCCCUACCAACACUGCCGUACCACAUCCAUGAAGUCGUCCUCUCCUUUACCCUGUACCAAUUCAUCCAGUCCGUUGUCGCACCCCGGCUCUCUACCUGGCUCUUCCCAAAGCUCUAUCCCAACUUCUCCAGGCGCACGAAGCUCGGCUGGGAUAUCCAUGUCGUCUCCCUCACGCAGAGUACCCUCAUCUCCGCCUUGGCGUUAUGGGUGAUAUUCGUCGACGAGGAAAGGAGGAGUAUGACCCCCGUUGAGCGAGUGUAUGGGUACUCCGGAGCUUGUGGCUUGAUACAGGCCAUGGCAACGGGCUAUUUUCUGUGGGAUCUGAUCAUCAGCGUUCGUCAUGUGAGCGUGUUUGGUGUCGGGAUGCUCUUCCAUGCUAUCAGCGCGUUACUAGUAUUCAGCUUGGGAUACAGACCAUUUGUCAACUAUUACGCACCAACCUUCAUCCUCUAUGAGCUAUCUACCCCAUUUCUCAACUUCCACUGGUUCUUCGACAAACUCAACAUGACCGGCUCCCGUGCUCAAUGGUACAACGGCAUGACUCUCCUCUCUGUCUUCUUCUCUUGCCGCCUCAUCUGGGGGUCAUGGAACUCCUUCACCGUGUUCUCCGACAUCUACAAGGCCUUCCAUAUAUCCGACAGUUCCGUUCCACUUAGCAGCGCGGACUUUUACUCUCUGGUAUUCAGCACUAGGAACUCGACUAUGUGUCUAGACGACAGCUGUAUCAAGGCAAAUGCGGAGGUCGCUCAGUUCGCUGACUUCUCCGCAACUGGCACACCACUUUGGCUUGCCUUCACAUACCUUGGCAGCAACACGGUUCUCAACUCUCUCAACUGGUACUGGUUUUCGAAGAUGAUUGAUGCGGUGCUUAAGCGGUUCAGGGGCGAAGAUCUACCAGCCGCAGAGAAGAUUGCCCCGCCAGAAUCUAUUGAAGGAGAUGCUAAUCCGAUCAUUCUUGAGGCAGCUGCGACUUCCGAGCAGAAAGAGAGUGCUGUUACAACUGGAAACCUAGAAGAUAACUCAAAAACCUCGACUAAUACCAUACAAACUACUCCAAUAAAUGGUGGAUCUGGCGCUCGAAGACGGAAGGCAUAG